AUGCCAUUCAAAAACAAAUUGGGCGAUCUAGACGCUGUCAUCUAUGGUUAUACUCCGGAAGUAUUUCCAUCCUCCAUCAGGGGUACAGGCUAUGGGAUUGCAUCAGCAUUAAGCAGAUUAUCGGGCAUGGUCGGGCCAUUAAUUGUGGGCUUCUUAAUGAAGAUCUGGAACCUCCAAGCCGCCCUAUGGAUGACCGUUAUAGUAUUCAUUUUGGCUGCUCUGUUGAUGUGCAAAUUACCGAUCGAAACUCGGGAUUCCAACCCGGCCUUGAGUUCAGUCGAUGAUUUGGAAGCUGAUUGA